GGUACUUCCGUGUUGUAGUCCGGAAGUGGUGUCGACAGGUUGUUUCUGUCAGAGGUGGCUGCGACUGCUCCGUGCCGUUAGUUUUAUUACAUGCAGCACAACUUCAAACACACUUCUGUCUGUCCUUCAACAUGUCGGCCAGGAACCCAGGGACCAAACUCGACCUGGAAAGAAUCUCCAAAGUGAAAGUGAACACACAGGCUGUUCUGAAGAGAGCACAGCAGAUCCAAGGACAGAAACUCCUGAAGAAACAGUGGCAGGCCGCCUGGCUGCUGAAGGCUGUGACAUGUAUUGACCUGACAACUCUGGCUGGAGACGAUACACCGUCCAACGUGCACCGACUGUGCCUGAAAGCCAUUCAGCCAGUCAGAAUCGACCUGCUCCGCAAGAUGGAUAUGCACGACAAAGGAGUGACCACGGCAGCCGUAUGUGUGUAUCCGUCUCGUGUGGCUGACGCCGUCGCGUCACUAAAAGCAGCCAACUCCAGCCUGCCUGUCGCCUCAGUGGCCACUGGUUUCCCAGCUGGCCAGACGCCAUUAGAGACACGGUUGCAGGAAGUGCGUAUGGCGGUGGCGGAUGGUGCCACUGAAAUCGACAUCGUCAUCAACCGCACACUCGCCCUCACGGGACAGUGGGAAGCCAUGUAUGACGAAAUCCGUCAGUUUCGCGAGGCCUGUGGCGACGCCCACAUGAAAACCAUCCUGGCCAUCGGAGAGCUGGGCACCUUCACCAACGUCUACAAGGCCAGCAUGGUCGCCAUGAUGGCAGGUUCCGACUUCAUCAAGACAUCCACAGGAAAAGAGGCUGUCAAUGCUACUUACCCAGUUGCCAUAGUGAUGGUGAGAGCCAUCCGUGACUACUACUUGUGUACGGGCCAGAAGGUGGGCUUUAAGCCGGCAGGUGGGAUCAGGACGGCUCAGGAGUCUCUGGUGUGGCUCUGUCUGAUCAAAGAGGAGCUGGGCAACGAUUGGCUCUGUCCUCACUUGUUCCGCCUGGGAGCGAGCAGCCUGUUGGCUGAUAUUGAGAGACAGAUCUAUCACCAUGUGACUGGACAGUACGCAGCCUAUCAUGAGCUGCCGAUGGCCUGAAGCUACGCACAGAAUCAACUGACCUGAGUUAGUUUAUUCAAACUUAAGUUGACGAGUUUAGUGAAGACAAUGUUAAAUAGCUUGCUAUUUGUACUUUGAAUGCACUUUGAAUGGUUUGUCAACCGUUUUGUUUUUUCCAUUUUGUUUAAAUGACCAAUCAAACCUCGGACCACAGUAGCCCAUCAGUGGUUGUUUAGACCAGGGGUUCCCAAACACUGGGUCAGGACCCACAGAUGGGUCACAGCACAGCAAAUUCCCAGAACUUUUAAUUAACAUUUCUUUUAAAUAACAUGCACACAAUCAUUCAUUGACCAAACAUUUCUUUGAAAGAAAUAGUAUGUUCAGCAUUUCCAAAUCAUAUUGGGCUCUAAAUUAGUUAUGCACAUAUUUGCUCUUGUCAUGAUUAGGUAUGCACGAUAUUGGACUGAUAUAUCGGGAGUGCUUACGCUGAUAACUGAUACCGAUAUUUCCUUUUGCCCAACUGCAGUGGUCAUUUAGUCUCUUCUGUAGUGAAAUUAACAUAUUUUUCACACAUAUGUUGCAGCAGACGUGGAUAUAAAAUAUCUUUAUUGUGCAAAAUAAAGAUAUCUAUAUAAAAAAAACUACUAUUUUAGUCAUAUUGGUGGGUCUUGGCGUGUAUUUUGACGUUUUCAAGCCAAUAUCUGCUGAUACUGAUAUCAUGGGGAUAAUAUUUUGUAUCCCUACUCACGAUGGUUUGUGAAGGAUCUUCAUAUAGAACGUUUGGGAAUCAUACAUUCUUUCAUAGCAAGUAAAAAAUAUUUAUCAAUUAGAUUUUGUUCUUUAGAUCAUGAAAAUCUGGGCCUUGGCUGAAAAUAAAAGACUGAUCUGAAAACA